AUGGCACUCACAACUGUUUCAAUGUUGGUUUUCUUCUAGAUUAUAGCAUUCGAUGAACUGAAGACCGAUUACAAGAAUCCCAUAGACCAGUGUAAUACGCUCAAUCCUCUUGUACUUCCAGAGUACCUCAUCCAUGCAUUCUUCUGUGUUAUGUUUCUCUGUGCAGCAGAGUGGCUUACGCUGGGUCUCAAUAUGCCUUUGUUGGCUUACCAUAUUUGGAGGUAUAUGAGUAGACCCGUGAUGAGUGGCCCUGGUCUGUACGAUCCUACAACCAUCAUGAACGCAGACAUUUUAGCCUAUUGCCAGAAAGAAGGAUGGUGCAAAUUAGCUUUUUACCUUCUAUCAUUUUUUUACUACCUAUAUGGCAUGAUCUACGUCCUGGUAAGCUCUUAAGAAGACCUUCAGCAAGCUUUGUUCCAGUUAAGUGCAUGCAGAAGCCACAAAACACGGAUUCUUGAUGACGAGAACCUCUUACCAAGAUUAAAUACAGAAUCUGAUGAUUGCAUUUGCGUUAGAAAAUGACAACUCCCCUCUUUUUAAAACAUUUCCACAUUUUAUACUUGUGGAAAGACUGUUUUCUUAUAUUUUCCUGGGACACUGAAAUUAAACAAUUACAUGUAAAUUGACAUAACGAUGACAGGGCUUUGAAAAGUUUUGACUUUGCACCACGUAAGGAACAGCCAUAAACUCCAAAUAGGUGCUGAUGAGCGCGUAGCCGUAGUCCCCGGGAUUUGCUUUAGGCUGGGCUUUGUAGUGGCUCGUUUGGACUCGCCUGUCCCACCCU